CGGCCCUGGAGCGGACGGAGCCGCCCGGCGCGGCCCGCGGGAGGGCUGGCAGGGGCCGGCCGGCAGUCAUAUUCACUGCAUAGUAUUUGAUUACAUGCAGAACCAGCAGAUCUUGAUGAAAAAAACAACCCCAGAAUUCGCCAUGCCAGAAACUUCUGUGAAAAUCAGCAUGCCAGAAAAACACAUCUUGCCACCUUAAUUUCAGCUGGGAUUGUGUCCAGCAACUUCUCCUUUUGUUCCAUGCAGUAAGUCCAAGAGCUUUCUGUGCAGGGACCCAGGGUGAGCUGGAGAUGGUGGACCACCUUGCAAACACCGAGAUCAACAGCCAGCGCAUUGCUGCCGUGGAAAACUGCUUUGGGGCUUCUGGGCAGCCCUUAGCCUUGCCGGGCAGGGUCCUCCUGGGAGAAGGGAUUUUAACCAAAGAAUGCCGCAAGAAACCAAAGCCUCGCAUAUUUUUCCUUUUCAACGACAUCCUCGUCUACGGCAGCAUCAUCAUCAACAAAAGGAAGUACAACUCCCAGCACAUCAUCCCCCUUGAAGAUGUCACUUUGGAGAUGCUGCCAGACACCUUGCAGAUGAAGAACCGCUGGAUGAUUAAAACCUCCAAGAAGUCCUUUGUAGUUUCCGCAGCCUCCCUCACGGAGAGGAAGGAGUGGAUCAGCCAUCUGGAGGAGUGCAUCAAGCACCUGCUGACCAAGACGGGCCGGCAGCCCUGCAGGGAGCCCGCGGCCCCCUGGAUCCCAGACAAGGCCACGGACAUCUGCAUGCGCUGCACGCAGACCAAGUUCUCCACGCUCACCCGCAGGCACCACUGCCGCAAGUGCGGCUUCGUGGUGUGCGCCGACUGCUCCAGGCAGAGGUUCCUGAUGCCCCGGCUGUCCCCCAAGCCCCUGAGGGUCUGCAACCUGUGCUACAGGCAGCUGCUGGCAGAGAAGAAGAAGGAGGCAGAGGCGGAUCGGAGGCAGCCGGAGCCGAUCCACUCUGCCAUCCAGGGCUACGAACCCUCCAGCGGCGAUGACAGCGACAGGUCUGACGAUGAGAAAGCUGAGCAGUGGCCAGCAGACACAGAGUUUUAUACCUCACAGGUAUCCUGGUCAUCUUUCCACAGCUGACCUCCCUGGGAGCUGGUGGUGUUUACACACUGGGAAGCCAACGUCUGGCCUCCAAUGCGUGUCUUUCUCAAUGUCUUCUCUGAAGGCUGUGCCUAGGAAGGUGGAUCUUGGCUCCUGUGUGUGGUGUCAGAGCUGAGACAAGGUUUCCCCUCUGAGAACGUCUCAUAUGAUGUGAGCACAGAGAGAACAGCUCAGUGAAGAGCACUGAGGACUGGGGCAGUGCCCUGUGGAUCAGUCUUGACCAAAUGAGCUCACCUUCAGUGCCUUAUUCUUCCUCUCUGCUAAAACAUUUCUUGUUUGAAAUGUUUUGAGAUUGGCUCUUGGGGGGAAAAGGAGCAUGAAAUCCCAGAGUUGAACACAUUGGCCUGCUCACCAUGUGUUCCUCUGUCACAGCAAGGACCACUCUGGAUGUCACUUUCCAUGAGCAUUCUGAGAUUCUCACUGCAAGUGUGCCAGCCUGAGGGAAUAGCUGCUCAUGCCUGCACAGUACGGCCAGCACCGGAUUCCCUGUCUUCUCAAGGCUGGGAACGCUAAGAGAAUGGUACUUUGAAUGCAGGGAGCUUGUGUGGGGCUCAGUGUGAGCAGCCCUAGCAAAGCACUGGAGCAUCCACUCUCUCACAUGGAAAGAGGCCAUGCCAGUGGUACUGGGCUAGGAGGAGGAAGGAGAGGGGAAAGGGACAGGGAAAAUUACACUGAGCAGUGAAAUACAGAGGGAGUGAGGUACUGCAGUUCACUCACUUGAGCGCAGAGCCCAGAUCUCAAACACAAGCAGUUGUACCAGAUUGCUAGAAACUUGAAAAUCUCAAGCCUAUCAGGUAAAAAGACAGCCCAGGGAAGACUUGUUAAAAGUCUGUAAAAAUCCAGGAAAAAGCCUCAAAUUAAGAUCCUGUGAAGUACAGCACUUCAGCUUUCCCUUGCCUCCUGGGCUGCUGCCCAAGGCAUCAGAUUCUCACUUGUGGGCUCACCUCCUGCCUCAUCAGUCUCACAAGUCCAAAGUUAAGGUCCUUUAUGUACUUCAAGGAUGGGAGCCAAAGACUUUACUUGAGAUCAACUUUAAAAGUUCAAAUUCAGUUAGAAACGAACUGUGUUUAUUCAAGUAUUCUAUCAUAAUGUAGUGUGGGAGUAAAUAUAGAGGAAAUCAGACAAUAGCAAUUGUUUUGCAGCAGACAUUUCUACAAACUCCAUUACUUUUAGUAUAUUUUUGUAUUGUGUAUUUUGUGGUCUGGAAAAGCAACAUGGCUGGGAAUACACUGCCAAUGUUGUAAAAUGUUUCUGUACCACGAAACAAUGCACGAAAGCAGUGCAUUGCUUGACAAGUGGCCAUGUGUUUUUUUAAAUUUCUGUUCAAGAUAAUUAUUCUUACUAUCUUUUAUAAACUGCUACUGUUCCAGUGAAUUUGUAUCACUUGACUGUGUGUGAAUAAAGAUAUGGCCAACAGAAAGGAGCCAGGAAAA